AUGAGAUGGUUGCAACCGUUUGGAGGCGAUAUUGUCUUGGGCUUCCAUCAGGGACACGGGCUCGGGGCAGAACUCAAAACCGCCUAUACCAGCUUUCACGAAGUGCACCGGAAGUUCAACCUGGCCGGCGCCUUCGGCAACUGCGUCGUCGACGUGCUGCUGGCCCGGUAUCAGGCCGAAUGCAAACGCGUCAUGUCAGGGGAGAUAAAGGUCGAGACGGCCGUGCCCAACAACCAGAUCAUCCAGGUCGUGUUUUCCUUCUGGGACGCCCGAUUCUACCAGCCCUCCGCGAUUUUGCGCCGGCAAGCCUAUUCAAAUCAAGACGACGGCGGCCAACGGGUCAUGAAAAAAUGCCAGCGCCGCAUCGAGGAGCUCACCAAAAGCACCAUCACCCUGUGCUCGCUCAUUGCCAGGGAAGUGCCCCGAUUCGAGAAAGACUUUUUCAACUACCAGGCUCGGGUUUCGGAGUACAUAUCCUUAGCAGCUGUGUCUUUUGGUUUCGUCUCUCUGGCAAGAGCGCCGACGGCGAGCGGGAAAGGUGAGGGAGUCGCCGUCCUCAGCCCGGCCGGCUAUGCCGACCCGUCCUCUAUAGAAUACCGCAAGCUGGUCGAUCUCGAGCCCGAGUCCGCUCGGGCCAAUUUCGACAUGGCUACUUGCUCUCCAAGCCUGUCUCUCGAGCGCUUCUUAUACCUGUCCAGGUCGCUGCACCUGGAGCGCGAGGCCACGAAAAUGACGGAGAAGUUCGCUAGAGCACCGCUAGCCUCCCACUCCGGCGCCGUCGAGAAGAACGCGGAAUCCGAAGCAUGGGGCACGCUCUCGCUCCAGACGUAUGGCGCCCUCGUGGGCCGGCCCGCCGAGGACCAGUACGAGAAGGCCUCACUUUGUUGCCAUCCCGCUCUGCUCGGCCCUGCUGGCCUACACCGACGACCUCGGCCUCGGCAUCGGCGGUCGCGCGAACCAGAGCCGCCAGCUGUACUCUACAAGGACCUCAAGCUCAAGACCGGCGUACGUCGGCUCGCCGUCUGGACUUUCGGCAGCGUGCUGACCCAGAAGUUCAACCCGGCCAGGCGUUCCCUCCUCCACGUCGUCAUGGUCUUCUUGUACUCGGCCAAGGCCGGUGUCGAGGAAGUGAUUGCCAUGGAAACGAUCUGCUCGAUUCUCAACAAGAUUGCCAACACCUCGGGAGUGAGCCAGGCGAUCCAGCUCGAGCUCGAGGCCCCACUUCCUCAGUUUCCGCAAGACGCCAAUGCCCGCCGAACGUGA